CACUUGCAAACUCCCUCCCACUGGUGCAUUUGGAGAAUAGAAGAGAAAAAAAAAAAACCAUUAAGGGGAAAUUCAUUUUGUCACUCGCCCCACAUCACCUCACCCUCACUCGAUAGUUCUCACUGUCUCGAUUUUUAUCAUUGCUCUUUCACCUCCUCUUUUGGUAUCCGUGUUAAGCCCCCAUCCGCGGUCCACUCGCAGGCUCGAGGAUUUUAGUAGUUGAGGUGCGAAAGCACUCGCUGCGACCGGGAAGCUAAUCGGAGACAUCUCCAAGGAGUUCAUCUCGGGCACUUUCACAUUUUUAUAAUUUACUCUCUGCAAGACACAUCCCUCUCAAGUCUCGUCCAAGGUGUAAUUCCAAAAGUUUGAUUAGUUUUUACAGUGAAUUCAUUGCUUUAGUGAUGAUGUUUACCAAAUAUAAUCAGUGAACUGUUAAAAUUUGUCUCUGUGAUUCGUCUCAUUCUAAUAUCACUGACAAACAUCCAUCCACUCGUGAUGUUGUCAAUCUGAUUGGGCUCUAUUAGUCCAUUUUCAUUGUUUUAAGAAUUAAUCGCGGGCAUUGUUGGAACAUUGGUAUUAAAAACGCCAGGAACAGUGAUAGGGUGUCUGGGUGCCGCCGGCACCGGUGGCGCGGGCAUUUGUGAUAGUGAUAAAAAUUGUGGAGAACAUCCACUCCGGUAUAGUCCUGAUGACACAACGGUAGAAUCUACUGUUGUGCAGGAGGUUGAGGUGGACGAGGUCAAGAUGGAAGUACCUGAGGAUCAUCUGGCAAGGGAGUAUGUCCAGGAAUUUGUUCUCGAUCAUCUCGAUCCUGCUGAUGUCAAACGCGAGGUGCGAAUAGGCUCACCAGCAGUAAUGGUAAAUGGAAAUAUAGUUAGUCAAAUGCAUCAGGGAAUGGCACUAGCCCCGCUGACACCACCCGCUCACGAAUUGGAACAGCCCCAUCCGUUAUACGGACAACCGCACAUUCAGGUGCAGCACGGUGUGCUUGUUAAAGCACCGUCUGGCAUAUCAACGCACUUGACGACUCUAUCACAUCCGGGUACACCGCCGGAUACACCACCCGUAUCGGCCUCACCGCCACCACUCCAGCUACAUCAUCGCAAUGAUCGCGAUUUGCGAGAGAAGGGUGGUUUGCUGGUUCAAUUGCACCAGCAGCAGCCGUUACUCGGUCAGGAUGAUAUGCAAAUUGGCACUGGCGGUAUGGGAUGGUUGACGCAGUCGUUGAGACAGGAACCACUUGAUUUGAGACCACAUUGUCCUCAAGAGCAGACACCUGAGCCGCCGCAUGAAGCUUGGUCUAGUCAUCCGCAGUUUCAAGAGCAGAUGCAGCAUUUGCCGAGGCAUCUCAGACAUGGUGGUGGAUACAUCUCGAUGUCCGGACACCUUGAGUGUUACGGCCCGAAUGGUGACCAUACAAACGGCAUACUCCCAUCGAACAAUGGAGUGUCCUCCAGCAUGGACGAUUCCCAAGUUCGUUUCCAGGUUGCACGACCCCUCAGUGUUUGCUCAGCAGGCUCAAUGGGGGGUAGUGGACCGAGUCCUGGUCAUCCUGCUCAUCGCACGGCUAACAGCCUCUACUCCAAUUGCAAUGGCAGCAAUCCUCAGGAUGAGCUCAUGGAUGACGAAGUGCUGAUGUCGUUGUCAGUGCGAGAGCUUAACAAACGUCUCCAUGGCUGUCCCAGGGAGGAGGUGAGUAAGAUCGUUCGGCUGAAGCAGAAGCGACGGACCCUGAAGAACCGUGGCUACGCCCAAAAUUGCCGUAGUAAAAGACUUCAACAACGUCAUGAUUUGGAGACAACGAAUAGAACACUGAGCGCUGAGCUACAACAAUUGCGUCUCAACAAUGCGCAAUUGGUCCAGGAGCGGGAUAUGUACAAACAACGUUACGAGAUGAUGCGGGCGAGGCAAAAUCAACAGCAUAAUCACAAUCAGAAUCAUCAUUCGGCGCAACCCUCGCCCCAACAUAAUCGAUCGACGAAUCAUCAGCAGCAGACAGGACAUCUCCAAACAGCACCAAUGGCUCAGGGACAACAACCAACAGCACCACCGGCACCAGCGAGUCCUGAGGUUUAUCUGUGACAUCGACAACGCCGCAGUGGCGCUUGUUGGACGUGAAAAUCAAUCAUAAUUAUGUGAAUCGGUGGGUGAAGUGAUGAAAAUGUUUAACCUUUAAUUUGUCGUAUUUUCUCAUUUUACUCUUCUGGCAAAAUCCAUUUGAAAUUUAUCAUUGUUUUUAAUUUAUUGGUAGAAUAAUGAGGACUUUAGCAUCGGAGACAGGUAAAGCCAAUGUGAAUUUAAAUUAACUUAAUUCUUUUUUUUUUUUAAUUUUGUGCAAUAGAGAAAAUGGUGUUUUUAUGGGCAUUUGGGAAUUUUUGGGUAUGGGAGUUUAAAUUAUUGAUAUCUUGUGAUUCACUAGUGAAACUUUGAAGAAUUUUCGAUCACUUUCAAUUAUGAAAAUGAGUGCAAAUUUAUCAAAUUUCACUCAGACAAAAAUCGUUUUAUUUUUAUUCUUUUAUUCUGUUUUUAAUAUUUUUGAUGAUGUUAAUUAAGUUUACAAACAUCUGUUAUUUUCUUGUAACAUAAUCAAUCAAAUGGUAACGAUUUAUUAUUUUAAAAUGAAAUGUUUUCAUUCUUGUUAAUCUGUAUAUAAGAUGAUUAUACUUAUUAUGAUAAUAAAAGAAGAAAUGUUGUCAUCAACAGAACAA